CCAACGCGAUUUGCUUGCACUGAUUCAUUUUCCGUAUGCUCCAGCCUAGGCUAGUGAAUGGUUCCGCGCAACGUGGCAACGGCGAAUUCUCUCAAAACCGGGAAUUUGGAGUUUGCAAUCUCAGUAGGAAGAUAAACAACGAAACAUAUUUCAGUGCAUACGGCUGUGAAACCAAGUACAUACAAGAUCAGAUGUGUGUAACACCGGGCUAAAGUGCAAGCAGGAUGGAUCCCAGAGGUUACCCCUGGCAUGGUUGCGAACCCCAGGGACCUCAGUACUACGCUCCCAGGCAUGCGUACCCACAAAGAUCUAGAGACAGGGAUGGGUACUACAGAACCGGUCACCAUGGCGAUGCAUACCAGCCCCACUGGGACCCUAGAGUGAAGCAGUGGUCGGCUUUGGACCCCAGGUCUGGGAAAUACGUCAUCUGUCUCCCACCCCCUAGACCAGACGUCUCAUCUGAUCACUGGGGCACCCCUGCCACUAGGCCGGACUACGAUUCAGAUAGGACAAGUGGUCGGUCCCACUCAAGACAGGGUUAUGACCAUCAUCCGCACAGCUAUUCAUCCUGGGACACGAGAGAAGAUUAUGGGUACUACGAUCAUGGCUUUCACACAGGGCACUACCAGCACCCAGAUACUGGCCGAUGGACUCAUCAGGAGCACUGGAGGUCAGGGCCCUAUCAGGAGCAAAGAUAUGAACAGGAGUGGACUGGCACUGCCUACCCAGAUCAGUACAGAAUCAGUCAGCGAACAGAUAAUCCUCACAAUGACUUUAACAGCCCCGACAGAGACCAUGCCAGGGAAAACGGAGAAGAUUCAGGACAGGCCUCUCUGUAUGGAACUGGUACACUGGCGGAGUCCAAAACCUCCGGGCUGUCCUCCAGCAGCUACGAGUUGAGUCAGUACAUAGAUGGAGCGCAGCAGAACGACCCGCCCCCACAGUCUCGCUGGAGUCCCUCACAAACAGAUCUGGGCGCCGUCCCGCGGGUGGAGGCCCCGCUGAAGUUCUCCCUCCCUCACGUGCGGGCCAGCUUUGGGCCUGCGGGUCAGCUGAUCCGGGUCAGUCCCAGCCUGGCCUCGCAGGGAGAGCCUGCCCUGGUGGAGCUCCACAGUCUCGAGAUAAUCCUUGUGGAGACUCAGGAACAACAAGAAUUGCGAGACUUUCCUGGACCAUUGGCAAGGGAAGACCUGCACAAGGUGGAUGCAAUUUCUUUUGCCCUGCAGAGGGCAGAAUCCUGCCUGAAGGAUACCUCACUACAAGACAACACCUCUGCUGCCCUCUUGUGGCAGCUGUUGGUACUUCUAUGCAGACAGAAUGGUAGGUUCGUGGGUUCCGACAUCGCGGAGCUCCUGACGAGAGAUUCCCGCGCCCCGGGGAAGUGCGACGGGGAGGCGAGGGUCUCGGACGGGCCCAGCCUCAUCGACCUCAGCGAGGACCCCACCCCCGAAACAGAGGUGCCGCAGGGGCCUGACCUGCUGACCGGAGCCCCGGCCCCGAGCGUCGAGUCCGGGGACGAGGCCCUGCAGAAGUACACGCAGCUCCUAUUGGCUGGGAGGAAGAAGGAGGCCCUGGAGUCUGCCAUGAAGAGCGGCCUUUGGGGCCACGCCCUGUUUUUGGCCAGUAAAAUGGACAACAGGUCCUACACCACUGUGCUGAACAGGUUUACGGGGAGUUUGGUCGCCAGUGACCCCCUGCAGACCCUCUUCCAGCUGCUGUCCGGAAGGAUCCCUGCCGUUGCCACGAGUUGUCUCAGUGAGAAGUGGGGAGACUGGAAGCCUCACCUAGCGGUUAUGCUGUCCAACGAGACCGGAGAUAGCGUCCUGCACCAGAAAGCCAUCGUCACUAUGGGGGACACUCUGGCCACUAGGGGCGUGUUCAGCGCCGCCCAGUUCUGCUAUCUGACAGCACGUGCUCCUUUUGGUGUUUACACCUCCAGAACAGAUAGACUUGUCCUUCUGGGAAGCAAUCAUAGUUUACCUUUCCCGAAAUUCGCUCGGAAUGCCGCUAUCCAGUGCACAGAAGUGUUUGAGUACUCCCAGAGACUGGGAAAUUCCUCGUUCUCCAUCCCUUCAUUCCAGGUCUACAAAUUUCUGUACGCCUGUCGCCUGCUGGACUGUGGCCUGGCGUCCCAGGCCUUCCACUACUGCGAGGUGAUCGGGAAGGCCCUGUUAGGGCAAGAGGUGCCUUGCACCGUCCUGCUGGGAGAGGUCAUUAAGCUGGCGGAGAGGCUGAAGCAGUCAGAGCCGCAGUUGGGCGACGCGGGCGGCCACAGACCCGCCGGCGAUCCUGAGUGGCUGGCACAGCUGCGGACGGGUCAGCGGGGAGCUCAGAUGGGGAGCUGUAGUUUUAGUGACACCUACCAGUCAGCUGCUGAAGAAAAUGCAUUUGCAAACCAGGAAAAUGGAGUGUACCCAGAUCCCUACACAGGCGAUCAGGAGUUCUCCACAGGUGGGGUGGUGGGUGACGUCCAGCCACCAGAAAUUCUUUACCCACAGUUUGAAGGUGCCAUGGAACAGCAUGCUUCCCACGGCUGGCCAGAGCAGCCAGUCUGGCAAGCUCACAGCCAGCCUGCAGCACCCCCGGUGGUCGGGGGACAAGAAUACAACCUCCAGUUUGAUAAUAGCACAUAUCCGCAGCCUGAACCUCUGAAUCCGCCACUUCACAGUCAGUUCUUGGACGGUCAAGGGGAUGAGAUUCAAUCUUACGCUGUGAGGGAUAUGCAGAUGAGUGGGGCGGAUCCAAACACGGGGGAAGAGGGAGGGGCCAGCCAGCUGACAACCACCCAGGAAAGGAAUGCUGAGGAGCAGAAUAAUUUGCAGCCUGAGAAGGGCACUAAACCUGGAUGGUUUAGCGGCUGGUUCAAAUCAAAGCCUAAUGACGUCCAAAAGGAGGGGAGUGAGGAUGCCAGUCUGGGCGCUUCGGUAAAGGAGACCACAGCACCUCCUCUCUUCUCCACCCUUCCCCCACCAACUGUCAAUCCAGCCAUGUUUCCUCCUCCACCUACAUCCACAGGGAUUAACCCGUUCUCCAAGAAGGCUGGGAGGCAGCAGUCUUCAGUGCAGGGUCAAGUUGCGUCCCCUGGCCCGACCUCCAUGACGCUCUCUUAGGACCUUUCCUGUUAUGAUUUGUGGUAAUGCUCAGAGAAGCUGGGUAACGGGGGAGGAAAGCUGACGAACGAUUUUGAUCGACUUGAAGCCGAUGGCACCUUCCGGGACCUCGUUGCUAGGCCAGUGCCCCCAAAUUUCUUUUUCUGGAUCACCCCUUGAGCCCCUAGUAUUCCCACAUCAGCGCAGUGCGGUUACAAAAAUACACGGGACGCGCUAGCCCCAUCGCUGGGGUUUUAAGGUCAUGUUAUCCAUCACAUUUGAUUCGCUGAAGAAUCCGAACAGCUGAGGUCGCGCCUCAGGGAGGUUUCCGUAGGAAAUGGUGCUCCGAGUGGGUUGUGAUGGGCUGCCAUUAAAACCACCACCAAAGGUUUUCUGAUUUGUGUAACAUGCACCAAGCCAAAGAAAAGCCUAUGGCUUCAAGAAAUGUAUAUGUGUUAAUGGCUUGUUGUGGAAGGACAGACUGUAGCCUGGAAGUUCUUUUUUCUUUCACCAUGUGGUUUAACACUUUGUCCAUUCACGUCAGGUCACAUGCACUAAAACAUUAAGCGUAUCGAAAGUAUAUGGAAGCAAAGGCCUUGUGUAAUGCAUAGUUUCUGUCAGAUAACAGCUGUGCCAUCACAAUUGCAUUGUGGUAGGGUGUGUCCAUGUUCAGACAGAAUUUUAUAUAUUUAUGCACACAAACAAGGUCCUGUUAUGCUAUGCUGGUUUGUUAAAUUGAAUAAAAUAAAAUAAAAAAUCACAUCUAAGAUGAAUGGAUCCACUUCAAGCUGGAAGGUGCUAGCAUAAAAUGCACAUCAUUAAAUUAUCUCUAUGGUAUUUAAAAUGUAUGUUAGGAGUUGGCAGAAAGCACAAUAUAAAAUAUAUUGUUGUUAAUGGGACAGUGUAGUUUAUAUAGAUAUCAUUAUCAUGAUAUCCAAAUGAAUUUUGCAUAUAUUGAGUGAUGCUCAAUAUGAACGUUUAAAAGUAUUUUAUUUAUUCAAUGAAUGCAGCUUAAGAGCAUAUGUAAAAAUACUGAAGCAUUAUGUUUUUCAGAAAUCAAUUUUGUUUUUCUUCAAUUGGGCAUUUUCGUUUUGUAUUAGCCCUUACCUAUAUACAUGACAUUUAAAUAAAAAUGUAUUUGCUAAA